AUGCUUUUUAAUUUUAGGUUGCUAUUCAGUGCUGCGAGUGCAAACAAGACCCGCAAACAUCUCAUACAAUGUAUUCGUUCUAGACAUGGGCAACCUACUAAGUCUCCCAUCCUAUUGAAAGGCUGUGACCUUCUGACUCUUCAAAAUUAUACUACUGAAGAAAUCAAGUAUUUACUUUGGGUUGCAAUGGAUCUGAAGGAAAGAAUCAAAUGCAGAGGGGAGUAUUUGCCUUUGCUACAAGGAAAAUCUUUAGCCAUGAUUUUUGAAAAAAGGAGCACGAGGACAAGAUUAUCUACAGAGACAGGAUUUGCUCUUCUCGGAGGACAUCCUUGUUUCCUCACAGUUCAGGAUAUUCACCUGGGCAUCAAUGAAAACAUCACCGACACAGCACGGGUGUUGUCAACCAUGACAGAUGUGAUCCUGGCACGUGUGUAUAAACAGGCUGAUCUAGAGGUGUUGGCCCAAGAGGCCACAAUUCCAGUGAUAAAUGGACUGUCUGAUUCUGACCACCCUAUCCAGAUUUUAGCUGAUUACCUUACACUUCAGGAGCACUACGGGUCUCUGAAUGGAUUGACCCUCAGCUGGAUAGGUGAUGGAAAUAAUGUCCUGAACUCCAUUUUGCUGAGUGCUGCUAAAUUUGGGAUGAAUCUUCACGUUGCUACUCCAAAGGGUUUUGAGCCAGAUCCCAUGGUAACCAAAUUAGCUCAAGAAUAUUCCCUAAAGUACCACACCAAAUUGUUUCUUACAACUGAUCCUUUUGAAGCUGCCCAAGGAGCCAAUGUUUUAAUCACGGACACAUGGAUAAGCAUGGGGCAAGAAGAAGAAAAACUAAAGAGACUGAGUGCUUUCCAGGGUUAUCAGAUCACAAUGAAGAUGGCAAAAGUGGCUGCUCCUGAUUGGACAUUUUUACACUGCUUACCCAGAAAGCCAGAAGAAGUUGAUGAUGAAGUGUUUUAUUCUCCAAAAUCACUGGUUUUUCAAGAGGCUGAAAACAGGAAAUGGACCAUUAUGGCUGUCAUGGUUUCACUGCUGACAGAUUACUUGCCACAGCUGCAAAAGCCUAUGUUUUGAUUUGGGAGCUUUUGCCAAGAGAAAAUA